GUGUGACAAUAUAUACAUUUGACGCCAGAACAGCGGAAUACCCUCCUUCGUCUUGAAACUGGUGACAGUUCUGUGAAAUAUACAAAAACCGGAGUGGACAUGGCUGACGAAAAGCUGAUCAGAGCAGUAGAUGAAAUAUCAAUAGACGAUUCUGAUGGCCGUGGUUCUACUACGGAAUGGACAAGGUCGCCCAUCAUAUUUAAAGCUCUGGAUGAAACUGAUGAUGAUGUAGUAAGUGACACGGAGACAGUAGACGGUGCUCGACAGAAGAUGGGUCUGUUCGGAGCCUUACUGGCCACACGGAGGGACAAACAUGGCGACUACUGCCACAGACUCCAGGAAGUGGAAGAAAAAAAGUGGACCAAACUCCGGGCCGAGGAUGAACUGAGAUAUAUCAACCAGAUCGAUGUGUCUUCAUGGGACCACUACGAGGUGUUGGAGUCUAUUCGCCAUCUCCGGGGGAAAAUCACAUUUACAUUCUUCCGGGAGCACGACGUCUUUGAGAAAAGUCACAUGAUGCGGACCGAGAACAGUUUUGUUGAGAUAACCUUCAUCAUUGCAAACAUGGGCUCGGAUGGGAAGGGGACAUCAAUAGAUGACAUUGUUGCCCACAUCGUGGAUGUCACAUACAAGUUCUGCAAGCUGAUCACGUAUAAAAGUUCACUGACAGUCAUGAAAUAUCUCGACAAGGCAUGUGUGAAAGUAGCUCACGGUGUUCACACACGUCACUUCCUCUGUGCACUGCAGGAUAAGGCCGUGAUGGAGAGGCAGCGUGGUGACAUUGAUUCGUAUAAGUUCUGGAUGUACAGCUGGGCUGUGAACGAUUCAGAGGAUGACCACGGGAAGAACGUGGUGGCGUUUCAGAGUGUACGACGUCAGCGUUUCCUUAUGUGCAACAUGACUUCCAAGAAACUCUCUCUUGUCAAGAAAAACAUUGAUCCCAACCUGAGGAUAAUGAAAUCCAACAGCCCAUGUUUAUUCUUGAUGACUCUGAACGGUAGCAAUGAGACGUUUCUGGAGUCCGUGGCUUAUGAUGGUCUUUUCGUGAGCUACGAUGAUGUUGAUGAACUGGAACUAAGCCGGAAGGACCCACAAGAUAGGUCAUCAGAUGAUACCCGUGCAACCUUUGCCUUCCAAAUCACACCAAGUGCACCAUGAAUCGGGCGCCCUGCACGGUGUAAUCAGUCUGAACGGGACUUCUUUGGAACAAUAACUGAAGUUUUGAUUUGAACAACUACAAUGGACCUGGAGUCCUGUGUCAAAGGUUAAUCCUGUUAAUCCGGAGCAGGAUUAGUCGACGACUUGCCAUUAGCCCCUUAAGUCAGGGGAGAUAACUUGGAUAUCACGUUACUCUCCCAUUCGUGACCAACUCGUGUUAUUCCGGGACAAGCCGAAUUUUCUUGGAGGUUACGGAAAGAGGCGAGUGGUGACGAAUGGUUACCCUCCUACAAGAACAAUUUUCCUCAUAGUCUGAGGUUCCCUAAGUUGCCAAGUGUGUCCCUUGGUAAUGUGUUCGAAUCCCUGAUUGGACGUGACUAUGUUUUUGGUUUAUCAACACCACGCCCGUUCUCAUUUAUAUAAUUCCAGACACUUCCGGCCAUUGCAGGCUCUCAUCUCCCUACUUCCCCAUCCCUAUCAUGUCUGAUACUUCAUGCUGCAAAAGUACCGUCACACAUUCCUCCGAAAUACAUUCUGAUUACACGAUUAAAUCUUGUAUUUAAUGAGUCAGUUAAGUUACUUGUGUCUUGCUUUAUUAUAAUCUAAUUGGCAUCGGAUUGUGUAUUGUGGAUACUGGAAGUUUAUGUGAGAUCAUGGAUUUAUUUCCAAACAUGCUUUUACUUUGUUUCCAACGAGGACUUUAUUGGAAAAACGUAAUUUUUCUGUUAUGAAAUGACGUUCAAAUUAGAUAUAACUCAACGUUGAUUAUCUUUC